AUGGAUGCUUAAAUUGAUCAAUAAAUGAAAAUAAAGAAGGCUCAUUUCAUAAAUUCAAGUAUAAAAAGUAAAAAUCAACUUGCAAAUUGAUAGCAAAUAUAAAGAAAGAUUAUAAAUUCAUUAAGGAAAUAGGAGCAGGUGGUUUUGGUGUAGUUUUUGAAACUGAGUAGAAGUCCACAGGUAUAAAAUUAAUGCUCAUGAGGUAUUAAAAGAGCAAUUAAAGCAAUUGCAAAAGAUCGUGUUGUAGAUAAGGAGAGUUUUAAGAAUGAAUUGUUGAUCCUUAGAAAGAUUGUAAUAUUUAAAUUUGAGUAGAGGAUCAUCCAAAUGUUUUGAAGAUGUAUGAGGUAUAUGAAACUGAGAAGACAGUGUAUUUGGUAACAGAGUAAGCUUAAUGAGUAUAAUAGGAUGUGCGAAGGAGGAGAACUAUUUUAUUACAUAACCAAAACCCAGCAUUUGACUGAGAUGCAAGCAGCCAAAAUAAUGAGACAAAUAUUUACAGCAGUAGCAUAUCUACACGAACAUAAAAUAGUUCAUAGAGAUUUAAAGCCAGAGAACUUCCUAUUGAAAAAUAAGGAAGAUGAGUCUUCAAUUAAAAUGAUUGAUUUUGGAUUGGCUAGAUUCUUCAGAGAGGACGAAGUGAUGACGUAGCCUAAUGGGAGUCUAUUUUACAUUGCUCCCGAAAUUAUUAAAGGACAAUACUCAUAUGAAGUUGAUUAUUGGUCAUUAGGAGUGAUUUUAUAUGUGAUGAUGUGUGGAUAGCCACCAUUUCCAGGUAGGAAUCCCCAAGAGACGAUAAAGAAUAUACAGAAAGGAAUAUUUACAUUUUCGAAAGCAGGAUUCAAGGGGGCAAGUGAAGAGGUAAUUGUAUAAAUUGAGGAGAGGUUAGGGAUUUGAUAUAGAAAUUGUUAGUGAUGGAGCCUAAGAGAAGAUUUACUGCUAAAUAAGCUUAUAAUCAUCCUUGGGUGUAAUAACAGGUUAGUCAUGAAUUAGUGAAUUUGAGAUUGCAUGAUGAUGCAAUAAAGGGAUUAGAGAAGAUGAUUAAUGCAUAAUAAAUGAAGAAAACAAUGUUAUUAUAUUUAGCAACAUUUAUACCUGAAAAUGAAGUAACUUCAUUAAGAUAAUUAUUCGUUUCUUUGGAUAAAGAUGGAAAUGGGAUGAUUUCAUUAGAUGAGAUGAUUGAAGGAUUAACUGGCUUUAAAAAUAUGAAACACAAAAAUAUGGAUAAAAACUUUGUUACUCAAUUAUUCAAAGCCAUGGACAUUGAUUAGAGUGGAUAGGUCGAUUAUAGUGAGUUCAUAGCAGCAUUUUUGGUGUGUCCACAAUUUUAGAAUGAGAGAUUCAUAGAGGAACAAUUCAAAAGAAUAGAUUAAGAUAAUAGUGGAAGAAUAUCUAAAAACGAAUUGAUGGAUAUUUUUCAUACUGAUACUAUAUCAAUAAAAGACAUAGAUAUUGAAGAGUUGAUUAAAUAGGCGGAUCUAAACAAAGAUGGGGAGGUAUUACAUUGAGAUUAUAAAAGAUUGAUUAUCAAGAAUUCAUGAUUCUUUUAAGGGAUAGAUUUGCUGAUUAGAUAAAGCAUUGA